CAUGCUAGUCUGGUUGAGCGUUGGGAACGUCUGCGCCGUGAAUCAGAGCGCAGGAAGAAUCACCUGUUGCAAUUACAGGAGCAAUACAAAAAAGUUGAAGAACUUUAUUUGGCCUUUGCUAAACGGGCAUCCACUUUCAAUUCCUGGUUCGAAAACGCUGAGGAAGAUCUUACGGAUCCCGUCAAGUGCAACUCUUAUCUUGAAAUCCAGGCCCUUUCUGAUGCUCAGGAGCAAUUUAAAGCCUCACUUAAGGCAGCUGAAAAGGAUUUCCAACAAUUGACACAACUUGACAGGGAAAUUAAGAGUUAUAAGGUUCGUGAAUCUGUCAAAUUAUUCAUAAGGUAUACUUUCUGGUCUCUGAAACCGCAUAAUUUGUGA